GCAGGCCCACCGAAUGUGAUUAACCAAUAGGCAUCUCGGCUUCGCGGAUUAAAACAUCUCGAUCUAGCCAAAGUUCUAACCUAGCGACAAAUCAAGCUAUACAAUAAUCGUAGAGCGAGCGACUCUACAUUUCAAAGGUGUAUCUAUAUACGAAUCUUCUGCCUACAAGUCUACAAACUGCAGGCUACAGUAUACACAUAGGUUACCUAGCGUACCAUACUUGCAGUCUUCAAAAAUAGAUGCUGCGGUGUUUCUGACGGCGAGUGGUGCUUUCUUUCUUUCUUUCAGUCUGUCUCUUUCUCCCUCCGUCUCGGCUCCCUUACGUUUUCUUUCCACUUAAGCGUUAGUAAUACAAGCCGAUUGUUGAUAUUUAUUUGCCAUUAGGCUCGACACUUGCAAUAUGUAGCGUAUUGUACUAUUUACGCAUAUCUAUGUGUAUUUUCGUGUGAAAGAAAUAAAAAAAAAUACGACAAGUCGAGUUAUGAGCACAGGAAUUUGUUUCCAUUUUACUUGGCUCUACUCUAGUACACUAUAAACAUCGCUUUGACAGCUUUGACAUGAUAGUUUCUAAACAAACAUUGUUUCACUCAAGUACAAUCCUUACAUGCAGUGGAAAAAUCUUGUGCACAAAAAAUUUAGUGGUGUGUAUGAGCUUACAUGAAGAAACAAGCAUCGAUGAAGAUGAGCGAAGAUAUGUUUGAGGGUAAGGACUAUCCAACUCAAUGGGCCUUGAAUCCCGCAGCUUAUCAAAAUAUGAACAGUGACCAAGUUGAUUGGGCUGCCUUGGCGCAGCAAUGGAUCAAGAUGAAGGAAACUUCCAUUCCACCAGCACCACCACCACCAUCAAUAGCGGAUGAAUUGCAAUGUUUAUCAUCAAACAAUGGAGGUGGAGAAGCACCUAUGGACAUGGAUACCAAAGAUGAUGAAAUUCCACCUGCCCCACCAGCUCCAAACAUCAGUGGAACAGAUGACUGGAAUCAAUGGAAUCAGUGGGGCAGUCAUUGGAAUCAAAAUUCUGCCACUUCAGGAAACUGGGAAUGGAAUAACAGCAUUCCGCCUGGAUUGGAUGGAAAAUCUGUUGGAAUCUCAAGUGUUUCUAAUAAUGUGAUUAUUCCACCACCUGCACCUACGAUAUCAUCUACUAGUCCACCAUUUCCUAAUCACUGUAGUCAGUCUACUGCAGUUCAACCAGCAGCACCGCCUAUACCUCCUUCUUUUGGAUAUAGCACAAUGCCGUUAUCCCAGUCACAAUUCAGCAAUCAAGUUUCUUCAAAUACUUUUUGGAACAAUGAACACCAACAUCCUGUUACUCCAGGAACAACUGUUCCCAUUCAGUCAAAUCCUUUUAUAAAAGGCUUGCGUCAAAACAGCAAUAGAAUUCCACUUGUACCUCCACCUGCUAGUACAUUAGCAACACCAGAAAUGAUAACGUCUAGAAAUCGAGAAAUACGAGAUAGAACACCUGAAGAUGAUUUCGCGAGUACAUUAGAUACCGUAAAACGGCGACAGCUUCCAGCAUGGAUUCGUGAAGGUCUUGAGAAAAUGGAAAGAGAAAAGCAGAAAGCCGUUGAACGGGAAAGGCAGGAAAUUCUCAGAAAACAAGAAUUGGAAGCUCUCAAGGAAAUUGAAGAUCAAGCACGAGCGGUUCUCAAUCCAAGUAGAAGUAAAUUUGAUUCUGACUCUGAAAAAGAAACAACUGAGCAUGAGUAUGAUGAUGAUAAUAAAGUGAGCAGCAACAGUAAUGAAGAAAAACAAUCACCAAAAGAUAAUUCCAAACAACAGCACAGUCCCGACUUAAUGCGUCCAAGAAAAACUCGUUUUCGUGAUGCAGCUUCACCAGUUGUUCAUACACGUACAGUUGUGACUACUCAUAAAGAAAAAAGUCCUGACAAUAUUUCUGUGUCAGUGGCAUUGCGACAAAAUAAGGAAGAAAUGUUACAAAAUUUAAUGCUUAAAGUCCGUCGAUCUCUUACGGAAAUUCUACUGGAAGUAACGAAUGAUGAAAUCAGUUCUGUAUGUAAAGAAGUUUGGAGACGCCAUUGUAGCAAAGCACCCACAGGACAUGGUUCAAUCACCGCAUCUCAUACUGCAGCGCCAGUGUCUCAGAUCACUCGCAAACUUGGUUUGGGCAUCUAUGGUGACAGCAACAGUGAAUCCGAGGAUGAACAUGUUUCUAAUCAUGAGCACUCUCAACAAAGUCCUGGAGAUAAUGACAGUGAAGAAGAGUUGAAGGAAACUUUAAGACGUCGCCAACAAGCUUUUCGUCGUACUGAAGCCGAAAUUGAAGCACGACUAGCCGAGGAAGAAGAAGAAGAAGAAGAAGACGAAGAUCGUGUGAAAGUUAAACGAUCGGGAGAGCAAGAAGAAACAGAGAACUUGCGGAAAAGAAGUGAAGGUUCAUCAAGAGAUGAUCAAAACUCAAGGGAAAAGGAUGUAAGGAAUGAAGGUAGAGGGAUGGAAAGGCGUUUAAGAAAGGAUUCUGGUAUGGGUAAUACUAGCGGCUUCAAAAUAGUUGACAGUGAAAUAGACACAAGUUCUAAAUCAACAGUGGCUGAUAGUGCAAGGCUUGCUGAAGGCAACGUGUCAUCAAGUUCCGAAAGUGCUGACCAUUACAGUUCAUCAAAACGGACCGCACGUUCUAGUAAGAGUAAAAGUAGUAAAAGUUCUUCGCGCAAGAAACUUUCGCGUUAUGGUGAAAAUGCAAAAGACGGCUCAUCCAGUCGAAGCAGAUCUAGAAGUAAAAACAAGUAUUCGUCCAGGGAAGGUUCGUGCGGAUCUUCCCGAUCUUCUGGGAAACUAGAAACGGCCUCGACUCUUGUUCUCAACAGAACUAGUGCAGAUGUUCUUGGGAUUGACAGCGGGAAUGCUAGUAGCAAUCGUAAUCGUGCCACGAACAAGCGAGUCAAAAAUCAUACGCAUAAAAGCACCGAAAAGCAAUAUUUUAAAUCAAAAUCUAGAUCAAGCUCUCGAUCUGACAAUAACCGCUCAAAAUCUAGAUCGAAAUCUCAUUCAAGAUCUACUUCAAGAUCUAGAUCAAAUAGAACAAAACGAUCGCGGUCGCGUUCAGGUUCUCGCAGAAGACGCCGUAGUCGAGCUCGUAAAAGAUCUCGCUCUCGCUCUCACUCUCGAACACGAACACGAACACGAACUCGUUCUCGAUCGCGUUCAGGUUAUAGGUCUCGAUCUCGUAGGCGUUCGAGAUCUUCUUAUAGUCACAAGAGUACAGGUACGAGUAAAAAGCGAGACACACGUUCUCGUUCUCUCGAACGUUCAAAACGCUCAAGAUCAAAUACCCGAAGUUCAAAGAGCCAUUAUUAUCGCCAUCGCCAUCAUUAUCGUCAAGAUCGAGAUGGUAAGAAGUCGACGCAUCGCUACGAGGACUGAAUGUAUCUUCUUUCAAUUGCAAAGGUCAGCCUAUUAGUUUGCUACUCUUUUCCGUGACAUAGGCAACAGAAAUAAAAGCAAGUUUUUUCAAGUUUCUGAAUUCAUAAUGUCAUUAGUCAAAAAGUAUGGAAAGUGUAAUUAAAAAAUAUUGCAUUAAAUAAUGCAGUUGUAACAGUUGUAUAAUAAAUCUUGUUUUCCAACUUUCACAAAAACUGUAAUAAAAUAUAUUUACUUGUACUUA